AUGACAGUACGGAGAAUAACAAGCUGUGCCCCUGUUAGCGCCGAACGAUACGCCACGGAUUGGAUUAAUGACGUACCGGAAGCUUUCGGUGACGGGCGCACGAAUACGAGUAUAAAAUUCUACGAAAUGGGGCAUCCCACCUCUGGUGACAAUGACGGAUGCGAUGCUACAUUUAAGAAUUCUACGACAAACCUCACGACCUUCUGCGUUUCAGAAUUCAUGAAAACAUAUGUCCAAGAACCAUACACAAUCCGGGUCCAAACAUCCUACUACGAUAAUGACACAGCCAGUGAUCUCAUCCCAGUUUCUGACUUUCAAGUCAGCAAUGCCGAUGUCACACUAAUUGCCAUUUUCAACAAGGCAAGGUACAGCGAGAUGGUCAAGGAUGAGCUUUUUUCUGCCCAAAACGAAUCUUCCUGGGGCCCAGGCUUCUUCACUGCCACCAAUGACUUAUCCGUACUUGGUUGCACCGAACAGUAUCAAGUCUGCAAUAUUAGGAAUACACGCUGCACACCGGUCACAGGACUCUAUGGAAUUAGGCAUGCGUUAGAUUCUGAGGAUGGAGACUUGGACUUGAGUCCUAAACAGAAAGCGAUAUUCGAGCUUCUGUGGAUGCCAGCCCGCUCUAUGAGUCUGCAAUGGUCGUUCAAAGUGCUCGGUACAGAGCUUCUACUCGCGAAAGAUUGGUUAUGGGCGACUGUCAGCGUUGGCUCAUCCGCUCUACCGCCCAACCACUGGCAAAUGGAAGCCGAGAACCUCCACAAUGUCUCGCUGGCCGUGCUCCAGCGGCGGGUCUCUGAAUUCGCAUCCCCGAACGAAUUUGAGAUUCGCCCAGGUUUAAACUCGCUGGCGCAGAUUAGAGAGCCUUCCGACCCAGCCCUCCGCGAUCUUUGCACCGCUCUGAAACUGCGAAGUAGUGAGAAUAUCUCCGUAAGCGUGCUUGGAAUGGGGAUUAUUCUGGGGGUCGGCAGCUUGUUUAUUCUACUCGACUUCGUUCUCAUACAGCAGCUCUUCUGGGUGAAUAUUCUUUGGUGGAGAAAUAGGUCGCCUCGCCUUCAAAAAAGGAAAGAGGACUGGCAGGCCACGGGCACGUUGCAGCUUCAGAGAUCCGCAUUAGAGGCCAGGGGUAUCGAGCCCUGGGAGGACGAUGAGAAUGAGACUCCUGUUCUGGUGGACAGGAACAAGAAAUUCGCAAGGCUGAACGACCUGAAUGACGAUUGUAAGAUGAGCGAGAACAGAGGGGGUGAUGUAGGAUAUGGUAAGGGCACGUAUACACCGGUGCCAACUCAAAGUCCGGAGUCAAGGAGGAUGGAAGCAGAGGAUCGUGCCGCUGAUCUUGAGGAUGCUAAGAGGUUGUCUAAGGAACAGUAA